UAUGCAGCGAAGCUUCACUUUCCUCUUCACCAGUUUACUGGGGAUGUGCUUGGGUUCCAGCGCAACUUUCCCAAGUAACAUCAACAUAGGAGGAUUGUUCCCUACCGAGUCCCAUGAAUAUGAAGUGUUUCGCUUCGCCCUCUCACACCACCAGGACAUCCCCAAACUGGUGCCGCAGGUCGAUAUGGUCAAGAUGGGAAACAGUUUUUCCAUGACAUACGCCUUCUGCUCCCAGUUCUCCAAGGGCGUGUACGCCAUCAUCGGCUUGUAUGACAGGAAGACGGUCAACAUGCUCAUGUCCUUCUGCGGCGCUCUGCACGUCUGCUUCGUUACGCCUUCCUUCCCGGUUGAGACGGCGAACCAAUUUGUCAUCCAGCUAAGGCCCGAGCUGCAGGACGCUCUCGUGGGUGUGAUCGAGUACUAUGGCUGGAAAAAGUUUGUCUACAUGUACAGUUCGGACUCUGGGCUGUCCGUACUCCAGAAAGUUCUGGACACAGCAGCAGAAAGGAACUGGCUGGUGACCUCGGUCAAUGUGGAGACCAUGACGGAAGCGUCUUUCCUGAAAGUAUUCCAGGACUUGGACAAGAGGAAGGAAGGGCAGAUUAUCAUUGAUUGUGAGACAGAGAGGCUCACGGGCAUCCUUAAAAAGAUCGUUGAGCAAGGGAAGAAUGCAAAGAGUUACCACUACAUCUUGGCUAACCUGGGUUUCCUGGACAUCGACCUGACAGACCUGCGGAAGGGUGGAGCGAAUAUUACCGGCUUCCAGCUCGUCAACAACUCAGAGCCCAGCGUUAGCAGAGUCGUCCAGCAAUGGAUGGAAUUUGACAACAAAGAUUCCAAAAUGCCCAAGAGUGGACUCAAAUACACUGGAGCUUUGACAUACGACGGUGUAAAAGUCAUGUCAACAGCGUUCCAGAAUUUGAGGAGACAAAGGAUAGACAUCUCGCGGAGGGGCAACGCGGGGGAAUGUCUUGCCAACCCACCAACUCCAUGGGGUCAGGGCAUAGACAUCCAAAGAGCCUUGCAGCAGGUACGUAUAGAUGGACUGACUGGUCACAUUCAAUUCAAUGAGAAAGGCCGCAGAACCAACUACACAGUUAGUGUCAUGGAACUUGCUCCAUCAGGACCUAAAAAGGUUGGCUACUGGAAUGAAGAUGAGAAGUAUGUGACCACUGCAAGCUUCAUGAGAGGCAGCAAUGACACCUAUGGCCUUCAGAACCGAACUUACAUUGUCACUACUAUCUUGGAAUCACCAUAUGUGAUGCUUAAGAAGAAUCAUGAGCAGCUUGUUGGGAACGAUAAGUACGAAGGCUACAUCGUCGAGCUGGCUGCAGAGAUAGCCAAACAUGUCGGCUACCAGUACAAACUGAAAAUUGUUUCAGAUGGCAAAUACGGAGCCAGAGACCCUGAUACCAAAAUGUGGAAUGGCAUGGUUGGAGAACUUGUGUAUGGGAAAGCAGACGUGGCUGUGGCUCCUCUGACCAUCACCCUCGUCCGCGAGGAGGUUAUCGACUUCUCAAAGCCCUUCAUGUCACUGGGUAUUUCCAUCAUGAUCAAGAAACCUACCAAAUCCAAACCCGGAGUGUUCUCCUUCCUGGACCCCCUUGCUUACGAGAUCUGGAUGUGCAUUGUGUUUGCGUACAUCGGCGUCAGCGUCGUACUGUUCCUCGUCAGCCGCUUCAGCCCAUACGAGUGGCAUGCAGACGACUACGAGGAAGGAGGCGAGCCACAGAGCCCCACUCAGGCGUCGGCCUCCAAUGGAUUGCAGCAGGGCCAGACAACCAACCAGCAGAACAUAAACCAGCAAAGUCUGGAGCAGACCAAUGAGUUUGGCAUCUUCAACUCGCUGUGGUUCUCACUGGGGGCCUUCAUGCAGCAGGGAUGUGAUAUCUCACCACGCUCUUUGUCUGGCCGCAUUGUCGGUGGCGUCUGGUGGUUCUUCACCCUCAUCAUUAUCUCAUCCUAUACUGCCAACUUGGCAGCGUUCCUGACAGUGGAGAGGAUGGUGUCUCCAAUAGAAAGUGCCGAAGAUUUGGCCAAGCAGACAGAGAUUGCCUAUGGAACACUCGAUGCUGGCUCAACAAAAGAGUUUUUUCGGAGAUCUAAAAUCGCUGUGUUUGAGAAGAUGUGGUCCUACAUGAAGGCAGCCGACCCGUCCGUGUUCGUCAAGACCACUGACGAGGGAGUCAUAAGAGUUCGUAAAUCCAAGGGAAAGUACGCUUACCUGCUGGAAUCCACAAUGAAUGAGUACAUAGAGCAGAGGAAACCCUGUGACACGAUGAAAGUAGGAGGGAAUCUGGACUCUAAAGGGUAUGGCAUUGCCACUCCCAAGGGAUCCCCACUCAGAAACCCUGUAAACCUGGCAGUGUUAAAACUGAACGAGCAGGGCCUCUUGGACAAAUUGAAAAACAAGUGGUGGUACGACAAGGGAGAGUGCGGCAGCGGGGGCGGGGACUCCAAGGACAAGACAAGUGCUCUGAGCCUGAGCAACGUGGCCGGAGUCUUCUACAUCCUGAUCGGUGGCCUGGGCCUGGCCAUGCUUGUGGCGCUGGUGGAGUUCUGCUACAAAUCCAGGACAGAGUCACGCCGAAUGAAGCAAUCCAUUAACGACGCCAUGCGCUGCUCCACCCUGACCAGGAUGAGCGGUAACGGGAGCGGAGGAGAGAAUGGACGCCUCCUCACCCAUGACUUCCCCAAGACCAUUCAAACACUGCCAUGCAUGAGCCACACUGCCAGCAUGGGACUGGGUGCCUCAGGAAUGUGAUCAUAUGACUUUGGGAGAGGAAGUGGUGGCAGAAACAAGGCAGGGUGGAACAGGAGGAGCACGAGACUCUGAUGACCUCCCCAAAAAUACUCUGGCUCUGUGGUUUGACCCAUCGAUUCUUCUGGCUGUGCCCGACUGCAACAAGACUUAACUUACUGCCAAAAUGCACUCUUCAAAUGCUUCUUACAAGCUACAGAGACUCGUGACAUUUUUAAUACAGUAUGUGGAUAUUUGAAAAAAAAUAAAAACAAAAAAAGAACACAGGAUGUGUGCUGCAAUAAAGUAUUCGGAUUUGUUUUUGCAAUUUUUUUUACCGUGUUCUUUUCUGUUGGGCAAAAAAUAAAAAAUAAAAACUUUAUUCUUAAGCGUGCCAUCUGCGCUGUGCCAUUGCAACGAAGUUGUUGACGUUAGUCUGCGUGUGCAAUAUUUUCAUCUCAACUGCUGACCCUGUACUUCCUAGAUGCUUUGUGGUUGCUGGGGGUGUCUUUGCACUGAUGUGGCGAUGAAGUUAAACUCUUGUGACUAAUACAAAUAUUUUCUUUUGUGUUUCGGGGACAUGCCUGCACGCUUUCACACUUCUGUUUAUAUGUUGAGAGGACCAAGUGUUCUGUGUAGCAUAGGCAGUUUUAAGUUUUUGGUUUGCACUGAUGUAAUGUAAAGAGUUUGGCUGAGUUGUUUCACUCAAGAUUAAAGGCCGAUGCUGUUUGACAGUGCUUUUCAAGGCUACAAAAAAAAAAAAACAUGCAUUGCUGCUACACCUCAUAAAACACAUCAUGCCUUGUUUUUGUGCCACAGCACCAUGAUUUGUACGCACAAAAAUGUUCUGCGUUAUUCGGAAACAGACCUUGUUGAGAUCGAAAAGGCACACCAACGCAGUAUAGUGACUAUAGUGACCUUCCAUUCUGCUGCUGUGAGAGUUUCAGUGUACAGCACUGCUAUAUUCUGUUAUGUAUUUCAAGUACAUGCAGAAAUCUACUGACAAACGAGUUCCUGAAAUGAGAGGUGGAGCACUUGCUCGUCUUCGUUUCAACAACUCAUGUGAAUUAAUUUUCAAUAUGUUCAAUUUUAAUGAAUUGGGUCAGUGAUGCUAUUCACAAACAAGAGUGACUCACCAACAAAUAGCACACUUUUAAACACUUUAAUGAGCCGUACAGCAACGGUGAAGUACUUCCAUUAUCUUUUUUUUUUGUGUGUGUGAAUAUUCCAAUCCUAUAAAGGUUUAUUGUUUUAGUACAGUUUGAAAGCAAAUUAACAGACAAAAUAUUAUACUUGAGUAUGGUUCAAGCUAAUUAACUGAAAAUAAAAUUUUCUUCCCUUUUGCAGUGCUUUUCAGGCUCAUCCACUGUGAUUAGCAAUUAUCAUAUCAAAAGAUCCCAUCCCAGUUUCAACACCGCUCAUCCUGGUUAGGGCCCAUCUGACUUCAGGCGAGCAUAUCAAAAGAUUUUUUUACAAAAUAAUGACUUCAACAGCCUUAAAAUAUUUGUUGUUUGUAAAAUUAACUAGCCCAAUUGACAUACAGACUGAAUGAUGGCGAUGGGUUAAAUAGUGACAAAUUAACAGUAAACUGAUGACUAUAAAUUGUCCGUAUGAAUGCGAAUGGCAGUUUAUAUGUGCCAUGCGAUUGGCUGGCAACCAGUUCAGGGUGUGUAACCCGCCUCUCAGCAGGGCUUGGGGCCAGGACACCCAUGACCUUAGGGGGGAGAAGUACAUUAGAGAAUGGAUGGCUGCAUGUCCAUAAAUGAGAUCAUUUUGGCUCAUGUGAAGUAGAAAUUACCAAGGCAGGUGACACAUUCUAUAUGCAGUGUAUUACAGUCACAAAUGGUAUUUUUUAAUUUUUUUAUUUUUAGCUGGCAGAAUUAAUAUUUAACUAUUGUCCACUCCCCUUAUUGCAUGUCCUCUCUCCACUUGAACAGUUACUGCAGUAGAAUGUCAGACAAUGAAAGCAAAGGCGUGUACAUAAAAACAUGUAGUGACAUUUACAUUUUUCACAAUCACUGGAACGCAGUGCAGCUUGCAAAUUGUUCAUACCUAAAGAUGUGAUUUUACCUGAAGGUGACUAGAGGGUUGUGGCUACAUGUGUUAUCAGAUGUCUGCUACCCCAUAUUUACAGUACCGCUGACUUAUACCAUCGUAUUUUCCAAGAAGAUCUCUCUUGUUUUACGUUUCCUUUCUGCUUGAAAAACUGUGGUACCAAAUUGAAUACUUAACAUCUUAAAUUGCUUCCUCUUCACGAUAGUAGGCGGUUUACCAAAAUCAUACAUAUCAGCACCUAUUUUGUAUAUAAAAGCGAUUUCCUCUCUCAAACGUUGGUUUUUACAGUCG